GCAAAGAGCGGGCAGCACGCCUCGGAGGAGCCGCUCGGGCUGGGCUGGGAGCCGGAGAAGGGAGCCGUCGGCCGGCCAUGCAGCGGGACGAAUGGGACGAGCAGAGCGAGCUGCGGGAGCUCAACGCCCGCCUGGCGCUCUACGUGCGGCAGGUGCGGGAUUUGGAGCAGGAGAAUGGGCGCUUGGCGCACGAGCUGGCCGCCUUGCGCAGCCGGGAAGGGCGCGCCUGCCGCUGGCAGGAGACGGAGCAAGAGGUGGCCGAGCUGCGACGGGUGGUGGCCGACCUGAGCCGGGCUAAAGGCGAAGCCGAGCUAGAACGGGAUGCGCUGCGCCAAGAGUUGGAGAGCUUGGAGAGGUUGAGCGCACAAGUUGGAGAGAUGCGCCUCCGCCGCCUGGAACCCGAGCUGGCCCGGCAGGAGCAGCAGCUGGCCGGCCUGUGGGCCGACUGCGCCGCUCUGGAGGCGCUGCUGGAGCAACUCCUGGCCGAGCAUGAAGGGCUGCAGGAAGCACGCAAGCAGCGCCCGGCUGCGCUGCUGCCUGCUCCGCGCGUCCUCCGGGCUGGGCGCGUGGAGAAGCGGCAGCUGGAAUCCGACUACGCGCUGGUGCUGAGCUGGAGCUGCGCGCAGAGCCUGGAGCGCUACGAGGCCGAGCUGCGGGCGCUGCAGGAGCUGGAGGGCCGCCUCGGCCAUCAAGACCUGCGCAAGCUGCGCGACCAGAACCAGGAGAGCCGCCUCCGCCUCGAGGAGCUGUGGCGCCGCUGCCGGGAGCUUUGCGCGCUGGGCGAGCGGCUGGAAGAGGAGCAGCUGGCGCAGCAGGAGCGCCACGGCGCCGAGCUGGCCGAGUACCAGAUGAUAAUUGAAGCUCUUCAAGAAGAGAAGAACUACUUAACCAUGGCCAUUGCAGGGUACCUGAAGGAUUACCAUGAACUCCUGCAAGUGAAAGCCAGCCUUAGCCUUGAAAUUGAAACUUACAGAGCUUUGCUAGAAGCAGAGAGCAACCAAUGGAUUCUCAUGUGGAAUGAAGAACGUGGAAGAAGAUUCCCCCCAGGUGGCCGAAAUCUGCGUUACGAGUAUAGCAACCGACACUCCACUUAUCAACAGGAGAAAGGAAAGAGAGCGCUUCCCGCAGUCCCAAAUGUUGACCUAAGAUAUAAAUUCCCACAAACAGGCAUUAGCCGCUCUGCGGUUUCUUCGUCUAGGAGAGAAAGUGCUGGAAGGCAAACCGUUCUCCCUGAGAAAAAACCACUACCCAAAGAACCCUUCAGGUUGGGGCAGCGUCCUUCAACUGCUACCGAAAGGUACGUGACUCAUGAAAGAAGCCUGAUAGGACAGAGAGAAAGACAAAGCUUUACGUCACCUUAUCGGAUGAGCAGAGAAGGCGACGGUCAGCCAAGGCCUGAAAGGGGGACAACCGAAAUGGGAAGUAUGGCAUCUGCUUUGAAAGAGUCCGCCAGCCUUCAGAAGCAAACGAAAAGGCCAAUGAGUUCUGAAGGCAUCAGAGCCACGAUGAUUACCUCUCCACCACUAUCUUACAGCUCAACGUCUUCUUCUAAAAGAAGCCAAUAUGAGAUGAGGGAAGGAAUUUUGGGUGACACCAACAAACUAAUCAAAGAAGGCAAACCAAGAAAAGAAGAAAAACACGUUUUGGUUGAAGGAGUUGAGCAGAAGGAAAAAUUGGCCAACGAAGCAACAGAUUCUUCCAUGAAGAACUUUGAGAAAUUGUACGGGGUAGAAAAAACUGUUCAAAAGAAGACUGAAACGAAGGAAGGCAUGGAGAACAAAGAGGAUACGGUGGAAGACAGUAUCUUUAAAUAUAAGAGAAAGGAAGAGAAAUUAAUGAAAGAUAAGAUGCCUUCUAGAGGAUGGGAGGAACAGAUUAAAGUGGAGGCAGAAGGAAAGACAAUUCCAAAAGGUACAGCAACAUUUGAAAGGGAGAAAAUUGUGAGCACGUCUUCAAAAAGCCAAGAAACUAUUGAAAUCCCCAUUCAUUCAGGACAUACUGAGGGCGAAAUCCUACAGAAGAAUCACAACAUAGAGAUAACAUUGCAAGACUUCAAAACUUCUGCAGAAAAAUCAAAAGGUGAAGCUGAAUUUAAACUCAGCAAUGAAAUGACUCAAGGUAAUAAAAGCAAAGAAGAGAAUUCUGAAAGAGAUGCUUCGCUCACGGAGAGCAUAGCAGAGAACAUCAUUUCUGAUAUCCUUAAAGGUUUCGUUCAAAAGUCUUCAGGGGAAGGUCUUCCUCCCGAAGCUAAAAUAAUUUCCUUUGAAAAGAAGGAAAUUUCUGAGGAUGGAAAAGUGAAAACUGAGAUCAGCAUACAGUCCACAGUUCAAAAAGAUGACCUUGAUGUGUCUAAUAAAUCUGAAUUGGGAAGUUUCUUAGAGAAAGAUAUUAAAAAGGUAUUGGAGGAUACGAAAGGAAGUUUAGAUGAAAAUGUCCUAGACAGUAUAAUUAAUGCUGGGAUAAAAGGGAUGGAAGACAAGGCGAAUAGGACUAUUAAAGUUGAGAUCAUUGAAGAACCUGCAACUAUAGUUGACGAAAGGGUGGAGUUUUCAACCCCAUUCGAAGUAGAGGAAGCAGAAGAUAUGUUUCUCAAUAUGAGAGAACAUCCGGAUUACAGUGAUAAAGAGAAAGCCACCACAGGUGUUGCCGGAGACCUUAAGGAGAAACAACUUGAUGUGUCUCGUGUGGAAGAAGUAUCUGAGGGAGAUGACGUUGUGGAUGAAGAAAAGUACUUUGUUUCCACUCCAGAUGAAUACCCGUUUGGAUAUGAGGAAGGAGAAGGUUCCACCUACGGUCAAAUCCAUUUUGAGGAAGAAUCAACAGUGAAAUAUUCUUGGCAAGAUGAAUUUCUGGAAGGGUCUCAAACCAACAUAAAGGAGGGUCUGGCUUCACCAGAAUUGAUUUAUCAAGUAAUGGGUGCAGAUGCUGGGCCCUUUAUUUCAAAGGCUGAACCCCCCAAAGAACAGUUGGCCCAUGCUGAAUCUGUAGUUAUUGAGAAGGAAAUUAGAAUCCCACACGAAUUUCAGGAGUCAAUAAAGGAGGUUUUUUCCCACCAGUCAAAGGACCCUAAACACCAGUUGAAAGAGGCACUAGGAAAGCUUGAAGCAACUCUUCCAGAACUUGUGAAACAGGAACUCGGUGAACUCACCAAAGAGGACAAAACUGACUCUAGUACUUUGGAGGUGGACAUUAAAAAAGUAGAGCAACCUGAAAAAGAGGGUGUAUUUACUAUUGUUGCAGAAGUUAAUUUAUCCCAGACAAUAGACUCUGACCAGUUGGGUACAGAAUGGCUUGGGAAAGCUGUGACCGAUCAGAUAAAAUUAUCCAAACAGUCACCAAAUGAAAGUGGCUUUGAUCAAUACAUAAAACAACAACCAGAAACUUGGCAGGAUGAAAAACAUCACACAGAUGUUUCCUCCACACAUUGGACCAUGGAAGAAACCAGUAAGAGUGAAGAUGCCUAUCCUGCUAAGGAGUCAUUUGAUAUUAACAGACACAUCCGUCAUGUUGUAGUUGGUCCAACUGAAAUUCGUAAGACGGAACAUGUCUUUUAUGAAGGUCCUACUCUGGAGUUUGGAACAGUGGACUUUACAACAGGAGUAUCAGCAGAUGCAGGUCAAUUCCUGAAGGAAAUGAAGUCAAGUCCCCAAACGACAGAAACCACAGAAAAAAUAAUUUAUAGAAGUCCUAUCUACACAUUUGAAGAAGUGAGUAAUCCUGAAAAUUCUACUCAGAUCCAGGUUUCGAGUGAUAUUAGAUCUUCCAAACAUAUCACGUUGGAUUCAAAACAAACUGUUGAAGAAAUCACGUUUGAGGGAGCUUCAGAAUUGUCAUCAGAUAAUAGAAGGGAUAUCUUUUCACAGAUGAAAGAUCCCACAGCAAUCAGCACAUCAAUAAGACACAUCCAAAUAGAUCCCAAAAAGAUACAUGUUGAAAGAGAAAUAUAUGAAGUGCCCUUUUCCCCUGGAGACCACGGUCUGUUUGAAGAAGCAGUAAAAAAGAUGACCUUCGGACAGAAGGACACACCAACAUCCGACCAAAACAUUUAUGAAGGUUCCUUCACCAAGACAUCAGAUGAUGGUUCAGUCAAGCUUGGUGAGGAUGUUAACACCACAAUCAGACAUAUCAAAUUAAGCCCGAAGGAGGUUGUAAGUGAGCAAAUUGUUUUUACAGAGCCCGUUUCUGAACAGCACCAAAAGGUCAGUGAAUUGGGGCAGAUGUUUUCUUCUGAAGGGUCAGUCCAUCGUAUUAAAUUAGGCCAGAAAGAAGUCCAGAGCCAUGACUUCAUGUCCCAAGAUAUUGUUUUGGAAUCUCCAGGAAUCAGUUCUUCACAAGAAGACACCUUGGAAAAAACAAGUCCUGCAGAGACCAGCCGAUCAACACAUCACAUUCAGAUUGGGCAAGGGCUCCGUAGUCCUGAUGCUCAACUCUUCAGUGGUAUGGAAUUUUCCCACACAGAUGGGCCCUCAGAAAACAGCAAAUCUGUUGGGCAAAUCCGAAUCGGACAGAAAGAAACAUCCUUUACCUUCCAGAUGGACAUUAGCAAAACGGGUGGGAGAGAACCACAAGCUACCCUAGUGGUAUCAAGUAGGCAAGAAGCAGGCAACGGUCAACCUGAAGGCGGCAUGGAAGAGCUUUGGGAAAACCCAGAAAGUGAACAGACGUCAGAGGAGUCCACCUUUGACCGAACCGUGCAACUGCAAAGGAUGGUUGACCAACGAUCGGUGAUUUCGGAUGAAAAGAAAAUCGCCCUUCUCUACCUGAACGAAAACGAGGGGGAAGAGGAAGAUGAGGGACCCUGGUUUUAAAAAGUAACAUUUCCAAGUUUGGUUUUUAAAAGCUUGGAACAGGGGUCCCCAAACUUGGCAACUUUAAGACUUGUGGACUUCAACUCCCAGAAUUCCUCAGGAAUUCUGGGAGUUGAAGUCCACAAGUCU